AAAACUAGGCCGACCGAAAAGAGCACGAGGCGCGAAACCAAUGACCCGUCGGGCUUCCCUAUCUUGGAAACCCUAUUUUUUGUUUUUAGGGUUUUCUCUCGCUAUAGAGUUGAGGGGAUUUCUUUUCUCAAAAGUCUCUAACCCCUCGACUUCGGUCUCCAAAAUUUCGAGUCUCUGAUAGACAUGCAAUGAAACCAGCAAUUGUAUUUUGGCUUCAGCCUGAUAUCUAUAUUGCAAGAAACCCUUCUUCAUUUUUUUUUGGCACCUGUUUCACAUCAACUUCUUGAUUAUCAUUUGGAAUUCUGUCCUGCUUGUUUCUAUUAUCACUAUUGUUAUCACCCAUGAUGAAAAUCUUUCAUAUUGAAAUUCCAUUUGAGCCAUACUCCAUGGCUGGGUUUGAAUUUAGAUUCUUAUUCUGCGACUCUUGUUGGCAUUUCUACUUUUUCCCUCCUUUCCAUAUAUCUAUACUUCGUCCUCCAAAUGCUUCUGGCUUCUGUGCUUCCUUCACAGUUGCCUUGCAAGCUUCUUUGAGAUAUAGAAGAUGCCAAGGCCAAGUGCCACUGCAGCUGCCAAGCCCGAUGAAUCGGUAAAGCAAGCAGAACUUGUUGAACCAGUCGAACCUGAAGAACAGGUGGAUCUUGAUGAAGCUGAGGAGACAAUGGAAGAAGAGGUUUAUGAAGAAGUUGAGGAGGAAGUGGAAGAGGAAGUAGUAGAGGAGGAAGAGGCUGAUGAAGAAGCAACUGCUGCUGCUAAUGGAGCAGAUGCUGAUACAAACCUUGGUGGUGGUGAUGACAUGAAAGAUCCUAAACAGAAGGAUGAGGAUGAAAGUGAGAAGCAUGCAGAGCUUCUUGCUCUCCCUCCUCAUGGUUCUGAAGUUUAUGUUGGUGGUAUCCCUAAUGAUGCAUCUGAAGAGGACCUGAAGAGCUUUUGCGAAUCAAUUGGGGAGGUCACAGAGGUUAGGAUGAUGAAGGGGAAGGAUGAGAACAAGAAUUAUGCCUUUGUUACUUUCAGAACAAAGGAGUUAGCUUUAAUGGCCAUUAAAGAUCUAAAUAAUACUGACUUUAAGCGAAAGAACGUUAAGUGUUCGACAUCUCAAGGAAGGAAUAGGUUGUUUAUUGGCAAUGUUCCUCGAAAUUGGGUGGAGGACGAUAUGAAGAAAGCUGUGACACAGAUUGGUCCUGGGGUCAUUAAAGUGGACUUAAUGAAGGAUCCACAAAACUCAAGCCGCAAUCGUGGAUUUGCCUUCAUUGAAUACUACAACCAUGCAUGUGCAGAAUACUCGAGAAAGAAGAUGUCAACUCCAAAAUUUAAGUUAGACUCGAAUGCUCCUACUGUGAGCUGGGCUGAUCCAAAGAGUGGCGAUUCCGCUUCGACUUCUCAGGUUAAGGCACUUUAUGUGAAAAAUUUGCCCAAGACUGUGACCCAAGAUCAGUUUAAAAAGCUCUUUGAACACCAUGGAGAAAUUACAAAAGUAGUUCUGCCUCCUGCCAAGUCUGGUCAUGAGAAUAGAUUUGGUUUUGUACAUUUCGCAGAGAGAUCAAUGGCCAUGAAAGCACUCAAGAACACUGAGAGAUAUGAAAUUGAUGGACAAGUUCUGGAGUGUUCCCUUGCGAAGCCUCCAGCUGAUAAUAAAGGUGAAACAAGUUCUAAUGCCAAAAAAAGUGCUCUAAUACCCAAUUAUCCUGUUGGAUAUGGUGUGAUGUGGAGUCCCUAUGGUGCUCUACCUGGUUUUGGGCAGCCUUCGAUCUAUGGAAGGGGAGCAGCUCCUGGCAUGGCAAUGAUGCCAAUGAUCUUACCUGAUGGUCGUCUGGCGUAUGUCCUCCAGCAGCCUGGAUCACCUGCAGUUGCAACGCAGCUAGGGGUUGGUCGGAGCAGUGGAUCUAGUGGGAGUUGGCAAAGCAAUGAUGGUAACCGUGGACGUAGGUACAAGCCAUAUUGAUCCACCUGGCCUAUCAAUUGUGGAUGCUGACCGGACCAGCACCAUCCUAUUUUUCCUUGUCAUAGAACAGGGACUCUCGGAGUAAACAGGUUCUGUGGUCUAUGACUUUGUUUCAAACAUUUUGAUGAGUAUCUGAGGAAUUAGUCCGGAGAAGAAGGAAUUAGUUCCUUCAUUCUGCGAUAUCCUUUUCAAUUUGCUGAAUAGUAAGUCCUUGUGGGAAAUAACAUGUAUCUAGACAUUCUGAAAGGCAGAGAUUGGAAACAUUUUUUAUUUUAAAUCAUGAUGUUUUUGUUCUUGGUGAGCAAUUGGAUGCUAGAUCUCAAA